GGGACGACUGGGUGAUAUUGUUGGUUUCUGAGUGCAGUUGCUGUUUUAACUGAGGUUUCACGAAUAUCGUAAGUUAUAAUUACACCUGAAUACAAUGAGGAAGGAAUAUACACAGUUCGUUUCUGUAUCCAGGGGGAAUGGGUUCCUGUUAUUAUUGAUGAUUGGAUUCCCUGUGAGUCACCUGGUAAACCUGCAUUUGCCACCAGCAGAAAGAAAAAAUGAGUUGUGGGUCUCUAUCUUGGAAAAAGCUUAUGCUAAGCUUCAUGGUUCGUAUGAGGCAUUGGAAGGUGGAGUUGUCCAAGAUGCUAUUGUUGAUGUCACUGGGGGCGCGGGUGAGGAAAUUGAUAUGAGAAAUACUGAAGCACAGAUCGAUCUUGCUAGUGGAAGGUUAUGGUCUCAAGUGUUACGGUUCAAUCAAGAAGGUUUUCUACUUGGUGCUGGUAGUGCUUCAGGUUCAGAUGUGCAUAUUUCUUCGAGUGGUAUUGUUCAAGGCCAUGCCUACUCAAUAUUGCAGGUACGAGAAGUAGAUGGUUAUAAACUUGUUCAGAUCAGAAACCCAUGGGCAAAUGAGGUUGAGUGGAAUGGUCCUUGACCUGAUUCAUCGCCUGAAUAGACAGACAGGAUGAAACACAAGCUCCAACAUGUCCCCCAGGCAAAAGAUGGCAUAUUCUGGAUGUCUUGGCAAGAUUUUCAAAUACACUUCAGGUCUAUUUAUGUUUGUCGUGUGUAUCCACCGGAUAUGCAUUAUUCUGUUCAUGGACAGUGGCGAGGUUGUAGUGCUGGUGGCUGCCAGGAUUAUGAUACAUGGCAUCAGAACCCACAAUUUUGUCUGAAAGCCAGAGGGCCCGUUGCUUCUUUGCCCAUUCAUGUUUUCAUUACCUUAACUCAGGUACUAUUUAACUUCUAACUUCUGUUUAUUAGAUAUAGAGAACUAAGUAUGUGCGUUGUAAUGUUCUUGGCCUCCCCCCACCAACAACACUACCCAAACUUUAAGAAAUAUGCAAUGGGCUGGCUACAUUAGAAAAUCUACUAUGCUUAUUAUGCCCCAAUGCUCGGGACUCCUUAGAUGUUCAGUUCAAGUCAUCUUCAAUCUACUCUGACUCCUUGGAGGGUAAGUCAAUACUAUUGGUUAAUUUAUCUCUUAUUAUUGUUUAUCUCUAAGGAGUUUCACUUCAUAUUAUGACAGAUAGGAGCAACAAUUCUCUUAGUUCUCCUCCUUCUAGUUCUAGCUAUCGGUGCAAUUCAUUAUUGGGCCUCAAAUAAUUUCUAUCUGACAAG